CGAGCCGGGAGCGGGGGAGCUCGGUGUGCUCGGGGCCGCCAUGCUGCCCGCUGUGCCCGCGGCCGUGCCCGCGGCUCUGCCCGCCGCCCGCCGGGCGCUGCUGGCCCCGCUGUCCCCCCGCUCGCUGUCCCCUCUGUCCCCGCUCCGCGUCCCCCCCGCCGGGCUCCGGGCGCUCGGCACCGGCCCCGCGCGGCGCUCGGAGGCGCUGGCCGGGGCACCGCUGGACACGGCGGCCAAGGAGUACUCGCCCAAGGUGCGGCAGCUGGUGCGGGACAUCGCGGGGCUGACGCUGCUGGAGGUGGCCGAUCUCAACGCGCUGCUCAAGGAGACGCUCAAGAUCCCGGACGUGGGGGUGAUGCCCGCGGCCGCCGCCGCCUCCCUCCUGCCCGCGCAGGCGGCUCCGCAGGAGGAGGAGCAGGUCCCGCUCAAGAAAGAGAAAACGCAUUUCACCGUCCGGCUGACGGAGCUGAAGGCCACUGACAAGGUGAAGCUGAUCAAGGAGGUGAAGAACUUCGUGCCAGGAGUGAACCUCGUGCAGGCAAAGAAGCUGGUGGAGUCCCUUCCGCAGGAGAUCAAGGCGAAUGCCUCCAAGGAGGAAGCAGAGAAGAUCAAAGCAGCGCUGGAGGCGGCAGGAGGGACUGUUGUUCUGGAGUAGUCUCACCCUGGAGAGAGACUGGUGCUACAGCUUCUGCCCAAGCCGGGCUCCGGACCUUUCCUAGUGCACAAGGCACAGUUGGAGCACUCUCACAAAGAAUGCUGUGUGCUUUGGUGGAGCUGCUGCCUCCUGCCAUCACCAUGAACUCUACCUUAUAAAUAUAAAAAAACCCUGUAAAAUGAUUCAUCUUUCUCAAGU